AGGUGGAAUCAGGUGUGGCUGGUUGGUUGGAAUGAAAACCUGCACCCACACCGGCUCUUUAUGGAUAAGAUUGGGCACCCCUGUACUAAACUAUGCAUAAUAUUAAAAUAAAACCUGUGACAUGUUUAAAAAGUAGAGAUUCUAAACUUUAUGAGGAACUUCGGUUGUCUAUAUGUGACUAUAUUAUUUAUUAUUUAUUGUUUUUGCAGGUUUCGUCCUCCACAUUAACUGACCUCUGAAGAGCAUAUAAUCAGCAGAUAGCAUAUUUCUAUUUUCAACAGUGUCGGCGAACAGUUACAAUGUUCGGCCAAUGGUGGCAUGAAUUCUGUCUACUGAUGUUUGAUUGACAUCCUCUCAUGAGCAUGUUGCGCUAGGGAAAAUAAUAAAUGCGGAACUACAUUCUGAAAUAAAUGAACAACUAAGUGUGUGUGGGGGGGUCCACUUUCAGUUUAGUAUUUAAUUAAACAUUUUUGCAUUUCGCCCACCGUUUAUUUGAUUUAUUUUAGUUUAUCUCCUUUACCACAUUAAAUUAUUUAUAUAUUUAUUUAUGUGGGAACACGUGGGUUUAUAUAUUCAUAAUUUUUUUUAUUUAUGUAUCUAUUUAUUUACUGUUUUUCAUCUUCCAUAUCUGAGAACCGAGUUGACUCGAAUCGUGAAGCCAGUAUCGUGAAUCGAAUCGACUCGUCUCCAGACUGUAUGGUAAUGCUUUACACCUCAUAUUAAUCACACACUUAAGGUGACGUAACACGUGAUACUCCGCCUACCAGGUGUAACUAACCCCGGCCCCAAGCCCCAGGCUGCAGCGAGAAAUUGGACUACCUACAAGCUCACCUGCUUAGCAAUUGCGCCAUUUGGGACAGAGCCCCUAUGUAUUAAGGUAAUAGUCGGUGUCGCGAAGUUAUAUUUUGAAGUCUGACUGAGAAAAGAAACGCGACUUCAUUUGAGACAACUCGAGGGCAGAACAUCUUAAAAACUAACUACGCCAUUAUGGGAAUAUCGUCCAGUCUUCUGGAUGAAAAUCAAUGCAGUUUCAUUAAAGGGUGGGCGCAGACAGAGCUGAGGAAUUUUGCAUCGAUCUACAAGAAGCAAUACUCUCUGGCCUUUCUCGCCCAUGUUCAUGAUGAGUUGGUACAACGCGAAGAAGAGCAUACUCAGCUCCUUAAACAGCAGGAUCCCCCACAGGAAGCAGAGGUGGUCUACCAGGAGCCUGUGCUCUGCUUUUAUGAUAACAGGAAAUGGAAGGAGAGGUUUGUGGUGGUUCGUGCCAAUUAUUCUCUGGAGUGCCAUGAGAGCUAUGAGACUUUUAUGAAAGGUGUACUGCCACUGUACAAUCUGCCAACUACAGGAGGCACUAUUUUGACCACAGAAGAGAAAUACAUGGAAGUGGUAGACAGGAGCUUUCCUGACUCUGACAAUGUAAAAGAGGACUUUGCUCCUCCAGUGGUGGGUAUGCCAGGCCAGUUUCCAGUGUACCUCCGACUGCCAUACCAGAGAGACCACUACUUCUGCUUCCUCCAGGAGACCAAACAAGCCAAGUUCAUGUCCGUGCUAUCUGACUGCAUUCGCCACCAGAAUCAAGACUUCUUAAAGAAGACGACAUAUGAGGUGCAGGCCUUCAUCAAAGCCAUUCAGCUCUACAGACAAGACAAGGGCUACUAUGAACCAUGGGAUAUGCUGAUAGGCAACGAUGUGCAGGUGUUGGCUAAUCUAACCAUGGAGGAGUUGCUGCCAUCUCUUGAGAAAAACGUGCUUCCUCGUCUGAAGGCCAAGAAGAUGGAGAGGAAGAGAAUGUGGUUUGCUACAGUUGAGGCUGCAUAUAACCUGGUGCAGGAGACUCUGAUGGAGGGCAUGGCUGCUCUGAACGAUGAGUGCAGAGAGGCAACCAAGCAGCAAAGUGCACUCAUGCGCUCGGAUAUGGAUCAGAUCAUGAGCUCCCGAGCCUUUCUGGAGAGCAAGCUCAGAGCCACAGUAGCUGAGCUGGCUACAGAGUACUGCAGUCAGCACAUAGAACCUCGCCUGCCUGCUCUGCUGGAGGAGAUGAUGGGGCCCAUCAGCCUGGGCUUUGAGGACGCACGGCAGGUCAGUGAGAACAUGAUGGAGCACCUGUGCCAGAAUUAUCAGGAGGGCAUGACCAGCGAAGAGCUGCAACAGGCUUUAGUGGAGAUGAGUAAACCAGACUUGGAGAGCUGUUAUGAGAAAGUGAGUCGCCUGAGGGAUCAUAUCCAAGAAUUCAGCUACCCCAACUGCAGAGGACUGGAGCACAGCACACAGAUUGAUAUACAACAGCUGGUGGACAGUGUGGCAUACACCUUUGGAUUACUUCUGAACAAGAUUCCACAAGACAACACCAACCUAUUAAAUGCCAUGGUAAAAGCCAAACAUAGAGUGCUAAAGCAAUAUGACUAUGACAGCAGUACACAGAGAAAGAAGAUUUUCCAAGAAGCUCUGCUGAACAUCACUCUACCCAGUGUCAAAGCUUUUCUAGCCCCUACAUUCAAAAAGGAUCUACCGAACUUUGAACAGUACAUAUUUGAUGAUUAUGUAAAUUUCAUCAAUGUGGAGAACGUCUAUGAGGACAUACUGCUGCAGAUACUAGAGAAGGACGUUAGCAAGGUGGUGAAGGAAGCUGCAAGUAUGAAGAAGUACAACUUAUUCAUGGAGUCCAGGUACCAUUUCAGUGUUUCCAGCAUGUACGUCACUCCCCCUAACAGCCCAGACUACACCGGCAAAUUGAAAAAAUACAAUGCUCUGCCAUCCUCCCCUUUGCUGAGUCAUGACCUAAUGGAAAGCCAGCAGACUGGUGAAGAUCCAGUCAUGGCUGAGAAGAAGGUGGAACCGGAGGUAAUCGUGGCCCAGCAGGAAGAGGUUCAGGCACACGCUCAACCGGAGCUUAUUGAGGUACCACCUCUUGAAGAAGCAGUCAUGGCUGAGAAGAUGGUAGAGCAGGAUGUAAUCAUUCAGGCACAUGCUCAACCAGAACUUAUUAAUGUACUUACUGGUGAAGAAGCAGUCAUGGCUGAGAAGAUGGUGGAGCCGAAGGUAAUCAUUCAAGCACAUGCUCGACCAGAGCUUAUUAAGGUAUCUACUGGAGAAAACUCAGUCAUGGCAGAGAAGAUGGUGGAGUCUGAGGUAAUUGUGGCCCAGCAGGUAGAGAUUCAGGCGCAUGCACAACCGGAGCUUAUUAAGGUAUCUGCAUGUGUGAAAGCUGAUGAAGAGCAUAAAGUGAAGGACAAUGAAGUGCUAGAGGUGCCUGCUAAUGCUGGAACUGAGAUACAAGCCAGAUCUACCACACCUGAGACACUUACAAUGCACACAGCAGUUGUGGAGAAGAUGCUUGUUGCCUCUCAGACUUUGAAGAAGAAAACGUACUCUGGGCCUUCCAAUGUAGUUGCUAUAAGCAAAGAGACAUUAGUGGACCCGUCUAGCUUGUCAAAUACAGAACCUGCACUUAAACUAGCAGCCCAUAUGUUGGCUGAACCUUUUCCAAAGCCAGUGGAAACGGAAGCCAAUGAGACACCAGUCCACGCUAUUCCACCAGGGGGAGACAUGGGGUCCCUGGAUCAAGUGUCACAGAGUGAAACUUCAUCAAAUCUCAAAUUUGUUUCUGCGGAGAGUGAAACAGAGAGUGCAGCCAACAUUAGGACAAGCUCAGCUGAAGAAACUGCUCCAGCUGUGCCAAACUCUUCGAGUGUACAACCCCUUGUUGUCAAGGAGCAAAACAGCAAUGGCACUGGAGAUACCAAGGUUGUGUUGGAUGAUCUCCCUUCACUUGGAGCUCCAAUCGAUGAGCUCAAAGUGAGCAAUAUGAUGAGACAAGAUUUCUCUGAUGAUUCAUCUUGGACCACAGAGGAGGAGGGAGACAGCAUUGAGGAAGAUGACCUAACAAUGGAAACCACAACAGCCAUCCCUAAACCUGAGGACUUCUUCAUAGUCAAGCGUGAAGCUAUCUCGGAUGUUGGCGCGAAUGUUAACAAUAACUCUGCAGAUCCCGAUUCUGAAGCAGCCAGACCUUUAGAUUGCAUCAGGGAAAUCCGUGACCUUGUGGUGGAAGUGAUGGAAGUGGAGGACCACUUCCCAACACUACCUUGACAAUGUAGAGGUCAACUUACACACACAGUGAAGAAGAGUGCUGUGUUAAACCAUAAAGGACACUUUCUGAAGGAAUGGACAUACAGAGGAGUUAAAAAGCACUGUAAUGCCAUAACUUAAUGACUGUAUGUCUUUUAUUGCAACAAUCUGUGUAGUUUUUACAGCUUCGGGAGUUGUGUGAGGGGGGGAAAACAAAGUGGGUUUUAAAUUGUUUUAUUGUUGUGUGGGUGUGAUUAAGGAACUUGAGUUUAAGCUGCUGUUGAAAGAAUGUAUUUGUUUUUCACAGUAUUUUAUACAUUGUGUUCACAAACUAACAAUUGUGUUAAAACCAGGGGGAAUCAAAAAAAUUUGUAAUGUGAAAUUUUUUGUGAUUGUUGCAACCAAAAAUUCUUUUUUGUGGCUUUUUCCCCCAAAAAUUUGUGAUGAAAAUUGCUGUGUUCUUGUUCUUUUUUGGGGGGGGAAACACUAUUUCAGUUGGUGAAAUUGCAGUCACGUUUUGCACGGUCUUUCGCAGUGAUUGUUGGUAAAUGAGACCUUUUAGUUGUACUCAUGUUCGACACACGUGAAUCGAAGAGGGCUUUGGGUGGAUGCGCGUGGUGAUGACUUCACAUGACGCGUUUCGGCCCAAAUCUGCAGAAAAUCUGCGGUAAUUUUGAAAAAUUGCAAGCUGCUCCGAAUAUUGCAGUGUUUGCUUGAUUUUGUGUUAAUUUCUGUGAUCGCAAUAUCAUAAAAUCCUGGAGGGACUGACUAUUGUACAUUUUUUACAUGCAUUUUCAGUGUAUUUUUUAAAAAAAAUUUAUCAGAUACAAAAAUAAAAACUCUUUGAUGAACCUCUUAUGUGCAGACCCAUUUAAAAGAAUGGUCUAUGCAUGCUACCUGUUACAAAUAGAAGGCAAUAGCUAAAUGAACAGGGUUUGCUAUCUGUUCACAUUUCUGUGCGGUGGCAAAUUUAUGAUGUAUAGUUACUUAGUAACUUGAAUGGGUAUUUUCUGUCUCUUCUUUUUUUUUUUAAUUGCUGACCAUUCACUGCUAGAUUAAAGUGUGUGUGUGUGUGUGUGUGUGUGUGUGUAUACAUACAUGUAAACAGUAGUAUAUGAAACAAAGUCAAUAUGACUUUUUGACAAAAAAAAAAAAGAGCAGUCUCUGGUACAGUGUGUGCACUUUCAUAAGGAAAUGAGCUGUAAGUUUUAUUCAGCAUGUUGCAGAAGCAGACACGGUUCUUCUUCAGACUUUAACUGUCACACUCGCUUCUUAUUUUUUCUGCAAAACCCAGCAGCCUUCAUUAUGGGUUUUUUGUUUGUUUGUUUGUUUGUUUGUUUUUGGUCUGAAGUGUCUCUUACCACUUAAUAUGCUGCUUUUUUUUUUUUUUUUUUUUAAACUGACAUACAAACAUUUU